UGAGCAAGACAUUCUGGAUGAACUACAAAAAUUAAUGUUCAUCAGCCAUGGAGAUCAAUCAAGACUCUUCACUGUUCCUGGUAAAUAUCUUAGAGGAACUUGAUACCAAACAAAACACAGUUUCCUAUCAGGAUCUCUGCAAAUCAUUGUGUGCAAGGUUUGAUUUGUCCCAGCUGGCCAAACUAAGGAGCGUGCUGUUCUACACUGCCUGCCUGGAUCCUAAUUUCCCAGCCACUUUGUUCAAAGACAAAAUGAGAUGCACAGUAAACAACCAGCAAUCAAAAAAGAUCAUGAUUGCAGCAGACAUUGUGACAAUAUUCAACCUCAUCCAGAUGAACGGGGGUGUGGCCAAGGAAAAACUGCCUGUGACCCAAGAGAAGGUGAGGAAGAAUGAAUCAGUAGAAACCUGCCGAUCUGACUCAGAAGUCUGUAAUGUUGUGGACUGUGUGCCUAACUGUGAAUUGAGAGACAGAGAAUUUAGCAGAGAAUACUCAGGCAGGAGGUCUUCCAAAUGUAGGAAAGGGGAUUGCAAAGACUGCCCACAGUUUAUACCCACAUCAGAACCUAAUUUUUUGCUUGAGGUCAAUAAGGAAAUGAAAGGCCGAGCAGCAUCCCUGGAUAGAUUGCAAGCCCUAGCAUCAUAUAAUAUCACCAGCUCUACCCCCUGUGAAAUGCAGAGCACAUAUUUCCCCAUGAAAAUUGAGACAGAGUCUAUCUCAGACCAGGACUCAUUGCCUACCAGUGCAAGUUUCAAGGAAACAUUCAUUUCAAAUGAUGAACCCUUUGUGAUGCAGUCAUGCAUGCAGAAAAGAAACAUAUUCAAGGAAGACUUCCACAACCUCUUAACUAUUUCUCCAAAUGUGGUAUCACCCACAAGCAAAACAGAAGAUGAACUUCUAGAACCUCUAAGCAGGAAGGAGACUUCCAAGCAGGCAUUCUUCAAUCAUAGUUUUGAAAUGCCAUAUAGUAGCCAAUAUUUGAACCCAGUUUAUUCCCCUAUACCAGACAAAAGACGAGUCAAACAUGAAAGUUUAGACGACCUCCAAGCAUCUACUUAUUUUGGCCCAACAACGAUCCUUGGAUCACAAGAUACUAAAAGGUGGUUAGGAAAACCAAACAAACAAACCCCAUGGCCAGCAAAGAGCUGGAGUCUGAAUACCGAAGAAGUACCUGAUUUUGAAAGAUCCUUUUUGAACAGGAAACCAUCAGAAGAGAAACCCCGAUACCAAGGUUCAAACAGCAAGCCUUCUAGUUUUGCAACUACUGAGAGACACCAACCUUAUCUCAGCCCAAAGGAUCAACAGCCAAUUUUGCCAUCCAACUAUGCUGUGAAACCAAAUGGACAUAAAUCCAAAGACAUCCCCUCCAUUUUAGAGAUGGAGCAACAUGAACCUGUCAAAAAAUUUAAAGACAAAAGCAUUAACUGCACUUCUGUCCAGCUUCUCAGCAGUGACAAAACCAGCAGUGUUGGAACACAGACAGACCAACAUGGGUUGGAGCACAAAAGAUGUAACUCAAAUCAGAAUAAAUAUGGCAAGAGACAUUCUCUCAAGCAAUCAGAUGAUGACUCUGAAAUUGUGAGUGAUGACAUCAGCGACAUCUUCAGGUUUCUGGAUGACAUGAGUGUCUGCGGGUCUUCUGGAGUGAUGCAUUCCUCUUGCUACAACAGCACUGGCUCACUCUCACAGAUACACAAAUCUGACUGUGAAAGCUCCCCUGAACACCACUUAGCAAAAAUUUCCAGUGAGAAUUCCAGUAACAAGUUGAACAAGGUGUCUCAGUUGCCGAUUGGCAGUACCGCAGAUGAUGAACUUAAAACCAGUGUCUGCAAGCUAGUGCUGAGGAUUGGGGAAAUAGAAAAGAAACUGGAAUCUCUCUCAAGCGUCAGGGAUGAAAUUUCACAAGUUUUGGGGAAGCUGAAUAAGCUGGAUCAAAAGAUCCAACAGCCAGAGAAAGUCAGUGUUCAGCUUGAUCUUAGUUCUCUGACGAGUGAAGUCCAGUCAGAGAAAAGUACCUCCCCAAGGAUUUUUUCAUGUCAUAAUUCCUCACGUGGGGGUAAAUUGGACAACAAUCCAGAUUGGUGCUGCUCAGAUGCUAGCGGCAGUAAUAGCGAAAGCCUUCGCGUCAAAGCCUUAAAAAAAAACUUUAUUAGGAGGUCCUCUAGAUCACUUACAGAGGAAAACAGUGCUACCGAAUCCAAGAUAGCAAGUAUUUCUAACUCUCCUAGAGACUGGCGGGCUAUCACUUAUACUAACCAAGCUGGGAUCACAGAGGAAGAGAUGAAAGACCAAGGUGGGAGUGAAAACAAGGACUGGCACCGAAAAUCCAAAGAGGCAGACCGGCAGUAUGAGGUCCCACAGCCACAUAGGCAUGCCAAACAGUCCAAAGACACAUUCUUGAUUGAGCAGGUCUUCAGCCCCCAUCCUUACCCCACAUCACUGAAGUUGCACAUGAAGAACAACCCCCUCUACACGGACAUGCGGCUGACUGAACUGGCUGAAGUGAAAAGAGCACAACCAUCAUGGACCAUUGAGGAAUAUACCAGAAAUACAGGCGAGAAAGGGAAACUUACAGCUUUGGAUCUGCAAACUCAAGAAUCUUUAAAUCCCAACAAUCUGGAAUACUGGAUGGAGGACAUCUAUACACCGGGCUACGAUUCAUUAUUGAAACGUAAAGAAGCUGAAUUUAGAAGAGCGAAAGCUUGCAAAAUAGCGGCAUUGAUUGCAGCUGCUACUUGUACUGUUAUCCUAGUCAUUGUUGUUCCUAUAUGUACUAUGAAAUCAUGAAUUUCAAGAAUGGAUGAAGGCAUCCCAAACCUGUAUAAAAUAUUACUUCAGAUAUCCCUUCAGUAUUUUAACCUCUUUGUAGCAAAGUAGUAACAGUUGGCUGGGAAGGAUGUGAUGAGAGAUCCCACAUGUAAAAAACUUUUUUUCUGUUUUUUUUUUUUAAGAGUGUUCUUUGAAAAUAGCAAAACAGCCAACAGACUUAUCAGUAGCUUGGUUUCAUUUUGGUACCAAUUGAUCAUUUUCCUUUUCAUCCUUUUAAGAGGAGAUAUUUUACCAAAUUGGAAAUCAAUUAAGAAAUUAACUCCCGUACUCUAUUCCAGCAGAAAUUUUAUACUGAAAUUGAACAGCAGCUGAGUAACUGGCCUGUACAAGAUACACAGCAAGAAGCAAUGUUAUCUUUCUCCAAAAUGUGAAAAACCUUGAAUGUAUUGUA